CAACUUUCAAAUACUUGAAAUACCUUCUGGAAGUAUCCUCGGACAUUUCCCAGAUUAGUGCUAGAAGACGAGUGUUUGAUCGGUUGCUGUUUGUUUCAGAGAGGCAACAAACGGAAAAGUCAUCUUAAAAUUCAAUUAUGGAUUCCGAAAUGGCAAAGAAGAUUGAGGAAACGGUGCUGGAGGUGCUGAAGGAUUCAGAUAUGGAUUCUACGACGGAAUUCCAAGUUCGGAAAGCAGCUUCCGAGAAGCUCGGAAUGGAUUUAUCGGUGUCUGAACGGAAGAAGCUCGUUCGAAAUGUCGUCCAGACGUACCUUGAGGAACAACAGGCGAAAGCAGAGGCUGGUGAUAAGGCGGUCGAAGCAGAUGAACCAGAGGAAGAGGAGGAAGAAGAAGAAGAUAGCGAGGAUGAAAAGAAGAAGAGGAAGAAAGGCGAUAAGGAAUACGACGAAGAAGGAGAUCUUAUCUUCUGCAGACUGUCAGAUAAAAGAAGGGUGACUCUUACUGAAUUCAAAGGAAAACAUUUGGUGUCUAUAAGGGAGUACUACAAAAAAGAUGGCAAAGAGCUUCCUAGUUCUAAAGGUAUCAGUUUGACUGCUGAGCAGUGGUCAACUUUCAGCAAGAAUGUACCUGCAAUAGAGAAAGCCAUCAACAAAAUGGAGGCAAGAUAAAUAAAAUAACGAAGAUCAGGAAAUUGCAUGGAUCCUCCCCGUGGUUUAGGAUGUGUGGU